AAAUAUUUUAACAAGAAUCAUAAAAUAAAUAAUAAAGAAAAUGACCAUAAAGAAAUGAUCCACUUUGUCUUAUUCACUGAUUCUUAACUUGUUAUGAAUGUGAUUGUGGUUUCUGAUGUGCUCUGUGUUACAGUGGUACAGAGUCAGAAUGGCUGGAGAGUGACUUACACUUCUACUCAGAUCUGUGCCUUAAAAGGAUCAACAGUGGACAUACGCUGCACCUACAGAUACCCAUCCAGAAUAAAUGACCAUGAUACUGAAGUUCAGAGAACAUUCUGGUUCACUAAAUUGAGUAAUAAUGAACCUGUGGAUCUGAGAACAGACUCAGAGUACACAGGUCGUGUUCAGUAUCACUGUGGUAAGAACGACUGCACUCUGAGAAUCACAGACCUGAGAGAGAGCAACUCAGCUGAGUACAAGUUCAUGUUCAUAACAAACCAACCAGGAGGGAGAUUUACUGGUUCACCUGGAGUCACUUUGACUGUCACAGGUCUCCAGGUGCAAGCGAAGAGAACAACAUACGAUCCUUCCUGGGCAGAGCUGAAGUGUCUCAGCAGUUGUCGUCUACCUGAUCGUUCUUCCUACAUCUGGUACAAGAAUGGACAAGUAAUUUGGAGAGUAACAUCUUUUUCUUCUUCAUUCUACUUUAAUUCUGCAGACAGCUAUUCCUGUGCUGUUGAAGGACAUGAGGAUUUCCCCUCUCUUCCAGUUUGUCUCGAUGGUCAAUCCUGCAACAGAGUGAUUUACACUGACAGAAGCAUCUGUGCCUUCAGAGGCUCAUCAGUGGACAUUUCCUGCACAUACAGCAGUUAUGAAUCUAUCACAUCAACAUUCUGGUUCAGUCCUGAACGUAGUCAUCAGUGGCAGAAUCCCUCACAGCCUGAGAACCUUAGUAAAGACUCCCAGUAUGCAAGUCGUUUUCAGCUCCUUGAAACAGAGAGAGGACGCUCCACUCUGAGAAUCUCUGACCUGAGAGAGAGCGAUUCAGCCCAGUAUCACUUCACAUUCAAAACACAAAGCUUUGAAUGGAGGAGUAGUUUACCUGGAACAACUCUGACUGUCACAGAUUAUACAGAUCUCCAGGUGCAGGUGAGCCGAUCAGUAUUCUAUCCUACCUGGAGAGAGCUGACGUGUCACAGCAGUUGUCGUCUACCUGAUCGUUCAUCCUUCAUCUGGUACAAGAAUGGACAGAAAAUUCAGGAUGUAACAUCUUCUACUUAUAAAAAGUACUUUUCUCCUGCAGACAGCUAUUCCUGUGCUGUAAAAGGAUUUGAGCAUCAUCCUGCUCCUUCAGUGUGUAUCUUUCCUCAAUCCUGCCACAGAGUGACUUACACUGACAGAAGCAUCUGUGCCUCCAGAGGCUCAUCAGUGGACAUUUCCUGCUUAUACAGCAGUUAUGAAUAUAUCACAUCAACAUUCUGGUUCAGUCCUGAACGUAGUCAUCAGUGGCAGAAUCCCUCACAGCCUGAGGGCCUUAGUGAAGACUCCCGGUAUGCAGGUCGUGUUCAGCUCCUUAAAACAGAGGGAGGACGCUCCACUCUGAGAAUCUCUGACCUGAGAGAGAGCGAUUCAGCCCAGUAUCACUUCACAUUCAAAACACAAAGCUUUGAAUGGAGGAGUAGUUUACCUGGAACAACUCUGACUGUCACAGCUCUCCAGGUGCAGGUGAUCAUAAUAACAGUCCAUCAGUCUUAUACUGAGGCAAAGCUUAAAUGUCUCAGCAGCUGCAGUCCAGCAGGUCGUAUUUCUUACGUCUGGUUCAAGAACGGACAGAAAGUUAUGAAGGAGGAAACUUCUCUUUAUUCAGGGCAGUUUAAUCCUGGUGACAACGUCUCCUGUGCUUUGAAAGGACAUGAGGACUACUGCUCUCCUUCAGUGUAUGCACCAAAGCUUCCCUCUGUGUCAAUGCUCCAAAGCUUCUCACUGUGUCAGUGA